AUGGUGACAAAAGAGGAAACUCAUACCGUCAACAUAGACGAAGAAGAAGAAGACGAGGACUAUGACGAAAGCGACCACUGCUUCACAAAGUGCAUAAGUUACUUCUUGGUCUCUCUCAUCAGCUGCAUUCUUGUCGUCGCGUAUUAUAUCACUGUGGUGGAGCUCUGCAUUUUUACAGUCGAGCCGUUAGCGCUCAAGUUGACCUUCUUGGUGACUUUUCAUCUGUUUUACAUUCUCUGCGUGUGGUCCUUUCUCCGGACUAUCCUAUCGCGUCCCGUUACCCCUCCGGCAAAAUUCUGCUUAUCGGAGUCUGACAAGAAGCUGUACCUGAGCGAGGAGAGCCAGGAGAAGAAGCAGGAGAUUCUUGUCCACGCUGCUAAAGACUUGCCUAUUUAUACUAGAGAUCGGAAAGGAGAUGUUCGGUAUUGUGAGAAAUGCCAAGUGCUAAAGCCAGACAGGUGCCACCAUUGCCCAGUGUGUAACGUCUGUAUACUGAAACUGGAUCAUCACUGCGUAUUUCUAAGCAAUUGUGUGGGAUUCUCCAACUACAAGUUCUUCCUCCUCUCCGUGGGGUAUGGAUUGCUAUUGAGCAUAAUGACUAGCGCAAUGUCUUUUUAUUGCUUGAAACUCUUCUGGACAAAUCGACUGCCGGAAACAGAUUCCAAGGCUCCCAUCACAUAUCAGGCCUGGAUUAGUACAGUAUUAUCUCUGAUAUUUUUCCCAUUUUUAUACAGUCAUCUCGUUCUGGCUUCCAACAAUAUAACUGCUAUGAGCGAUGGCGAUGAAGAUGAUGAUGACAAACACAAAGCUGGCAAGCACAGCAAAAUGUAUGACUUGGGCUUUAGCAAAAAUAUCAGACAAGUUUUUGGGGAUAAAAAGAUAUAUUGGCUCUUCCCAAUCUUCAGCAGCUUAGGAGAUGGCUUCUCAUUCCCAAGAGGCGAUGCCACGGACAUUGAGAAAAAUGCUGCUACUGACAAUUGA